GCGUUCAGCACGCGUGUUCGUCCUGGGCUCAUAAUAUUUUGGUAUCUGCAAGGGAGAGGGCAGCCAUUCCUUUUCUGAAACCGCGAAUGGCGUGUUAGAUUUGGCUUUUCUUGGGAAAUUGAUCAGUGAUUUGAGUGUUUGGCGGAGAAUUAUAGUGCCAAGGAGGGGAGUAUAAAAAGUUUGCGACAAAAUGUCGGAUUACGAAAUGGGAUCCCCGACUAUCAAGAAGGAGAAGAAAAAGAAGAAGAUCAAACAGGAACCGGGGGCUGAGGUUGAGAAUUUGGGCGAGAUUCAAAAGUCCGGUAACUUCCAGAUUCAACCGUCGGCGGCCAUUGCCAAGCUGGACACAUCGAAGUGGCCGUUGCUGUUGAAGAAUUUCGAUCGGUUGAAUGUGCGGACAAAUCACUAUACUCCGUUACCGUUCGGAUCAUCUCCGCUAAACCGGAAGAUUAAGGAGUAUGUCACGUCUGGAUUCAUUAAUUUGGACAAGCCGUCCAACCCGAGCUCUCAUGAAGUGGUGGCAUGGAUUAAGAAAAUUCUGAAAGUUGAUAAAACCGGCCAUUCCGGUACACUGGAUCCGAAAGUGACGGGAUGUUUGAUCGUCUGUAUUGAUAGGGCCACCAGAUUGGUCAAGAGCCAGCAGAGCGCUGGUAAAGAGUACGUGGCCGUUUUCAAGCUGCACUCGGCGGUGGAAUCCGUGGCAAAAGUUAACCAGGGUCUGGAGAAGCUUCGUGGUGCAUUGUUCCAGAGACCUCCGUUGAUUUCGGCCGUAAAGCGUCAGCUACGUGUUCGCACGGUCUAUGACUCGAAGCUGCUGGAUUACGAUGACCAACGGAACAUGGGCGUGUUCUGGGUCAGCUGCGAGGCCGGUUCCUACAUUCGUACCAUGUGUGUUCAUUUGGGUUUGGUUACCGGAGUGGGUGGUCAGAUGAUGGAACUGCGUCGUGUCCGUUCCGGCAUUCAGUCUGAAAAGGACGGAAUGGUCACCAUGCAUGACGUGCUGGAUGCCCAGUAUUUGUACGAAAAUCACAAAGACGAGACCAUGCUCCGGAGAGUGAUCAAGCCGCUGGAGGGUCUCCUGGUUGGACACAAGCGGAUUAUCAUGAAGGACAGCUCGGUGAAUGCCGUUUGCUACGGUGCUAAGAUUAUGCUUCCCGGUGUGCUCCGCUAUGAGGACGGAAUCGAAAUGGACCAGGAAAUAGUGAUAGUGACCUCCAAGGGCGAAGCCGUCGCAUUGGCUAUUGCCCUCAUGACGACAGCCACGAUGGCUAGCUGUGACCACGGGGUUUGUGCCAAGAUCAAGCGGGUCAUCAUGGAACGUGACACUUAUCCACGCAAGUGGGGCCUGGGACCGAAGGCUUCGAUGAAGAAGCAGCUCAUUGCCAGCGGAAAGCUGGACAAGUACGGCAAACCGAACGAUAAGACCCCGAAGGAGUGGCUGACUGGAUACGUAGACUUUAACAAACCUGCGGCCCCGGCCAAGGACGCCAAUGGAAAUGGUGCGGCGGCAGCGGAUGGAGAGGAUGAGUUCGCCGGAGGCAAGCGUAAACUGAGCGUCGGCAGCGUAGCCGAUCAGUCGAUGGACACCUCCGCCAUGGAGGUCGAUGCCGGUGAAAAGAAGAAAAAGAAAAAGAAGAAGCACAAGAAGGACGAUGAAGCACCGGAGGAGGCUCCAGAAACCACCGAGACCGCUGAGGUGGAAGCCACAGAAGAGCCUGCGGAAACCAAGAAAAAGAAGAAGAAGAAGGACAAAAAACAAGAAGAGGAAGCAGAAUAACGUGCUUGUUUUACAUAAUCUCGCAUCUGAUCACCAUCAUCCGUUUGGCACGUCCUGGAACAGGAGAGCAAGGGCUGGUUAAUUCCUAAUCCACAUUACGGCGGGAACGUUGAUUUAUUCAAAACUAAUAUAGUUUUCGUGAUGUUUAUCGAACCGCCAGCAAACGUUAAAGUGCAAGACUUAUUUGCAAUCCUACGUAAAGUCAUUUCAGCUAGUAAUUAGUUUGCAUUAAGGUUACAUCUUGAGAAAUAGUCAUUCAAACUUUCUAUAACAUCCAAAUCAAUAGUUUCUAACUUGAUAAUCCACCACCAGUACGGACAUAAAGUAAUCAGUUCAAGGGCAGAUUAGGUUCGAGAGAAAUUGUUUGAUUACUAUUAUAAGACAAAGUUUAGCCAACCUACUUAUGAACGGACUCAUAAGGGCAAAUAUUCGGCGCGAGAUUUCUCGAAAGUCGACUUUUUUAAAUUCUUAAGCAUUUUUGUUCUUUUUUACAACUAAAAGAUGAAGAUAGAGAAUAGAUUUAUAAUCAGUAAUUGGAAAACA